GUGAUAUUUACUUCGUAAAACAAACAACGCCUCUGUGGUGACUUUUAUUUUGAAAGAUCGCAUUUCCGGUUUUGAAAAAAAACGAGACGAGAAGAACAACCUUGAUCAGAUUUUCAGUGACCAGUUCCUUUAUUCCACCGUGUGCAGGUAAGACCGAUACAGGUGACGCACCUCACUGGAUUCACCGGCAGAUCUUCCCACCGGGAGCUGACCUCUACAAUAUUUUAACAUCAAUAUAAGGAGAUUCUCCUUAUUAACAUCUUUUUAGCAGGUGAACAGCAACCAUCACUGCUUUUUUGGCAGUGCCUGAAAGAUCCUACACUCAUUUGACCACAUUUGACUUUGAGACAUGUCUUACAAUCCUCCAUAUCGAAACCCACCAGAUGGUUUCAGCGCAAACAAUGACAAGUACAAAGACCCACAACGAAUUCAUCCCCGGGAGUCUAACGCUUACAUGUCAAGAAUUAGGAGCACAUCUUCAGAGCAGACCUCUCUAUCCUCAUCAGAACUGUCGAUCUUCCCACCUGGUAAGGCUUUGUCCUUUCUGCAUAGCUGUGGACUGGAUGCGGAAGACCUUAAAACUCUGGCCGAGCUUCCUGAGCAUCUCAUCACAGCCGAUGCUCUUCCUGACCUUCUUGCAGAGAUCAAAAAGAAGAAAGUGUCCAGCACUUCUACAUCUAGGUCCAGUGCGCUCCAAGCCAGUACAUCAACUCGCUCCUGGGAUGAUAGGAGCCACACUCAGUCGGUUGAGUAUCCAUUGGAUUUGCCUGUGCGUCAGUCGUAUUCCCUAAAUCGAGAGCAAGUUCCGACCUGGGAUGACCGCUGGGGAAAUGUCCAACAAACAAGCUCGGCAGCACGCACGUACACCAGUUCAGAGCCAAACUAUGUGGUUGAGUAUAAUCAUCUGAAAGACAAAAAGUCUUAUUUUGAUAAAGCGUCGUCUUAUGACACAGAACCAUCAAGGCAGAAAACAUCAGUUGUCCCGCAGUCUUACACCAACUACAGCCAAUCCUCACAUCUGUCCAGUAGAGACAUCAGCCAAUCCUCACAUCUGUCCAGUAGGGACAUCAGUCAUUCCUCACAACGCUCUGGCAGAGACCUCGGUCAGUCCUCGCAUCUGUCCGGUAGAGACCUCAAUCCAUCCUCUCAACGCUCUAGCAGAGACGUCAGCCAGUCCUCACACCUGUCCAGUAGAGAUGUCAGUCUGUCAAGCAGGAACGUUGCUCUACCGUCACUCCUGUCUAGCAGAGAUGUCGGUCCACCCUCAGUUUUGUCCAGCAGAGGCGUCGCUUCACACUCGCUCCAGUCCAGAAGAGACCUCGGUCCACCUUCAAACCUGUCCAGCAGAGACAUCGGCUCGUCUUCGUACUUGUCCAGCAGAGACGUUGGUCUACCCUCGCUCCUGUCCAUUAGAGACCUUGCUCCACCCUCACGCCUGUCCAGCAGAGAUGCCAGUCAGCCUUUACGUCAACGGAAAAGAGAGGUGAUCCAUAUAGUGCCUACAAGGAAGGAGGCGUCAGAUUUCCAUGGGAAAACUCCACCAGUGUUUCCCGAUGCAUGCGUACUCUGCGAAAUCACUGUCCUCUCUAGCAAGGAUUGGUCCGUGCAUGUAAAAGGACCCCAACAUGCAAAUAGUCAACUCAGUCUUGUUGAAAAAUAUCCAGAGUGGGAUCAGACAAUCCAAUCUGCUCGAAGAAAUGAGUCCAGACCUGAGAGUUCAAAGUCCAGAACAACUCAGGAACGAGGUGGAACCUCAAGAAGUAGAAAUGGAUCGUCAGGCAGCAGAGUUGUUGCCUCGAGCAGUAAAAAAGAAUCAUCAAGCAGCAAAAACCAGAAUAAAACCGCAGCAACAACAACGAAGUGCAAAGUGGUGUGUGUGAAGUUCGAAGUGGAUGACGUGGACGAAGCAUACCUGAAAAAAUUGCUUGGCCAGUUUGGAGCUAUUAUCAAAAUUAUCAUGUUUCCUAAAUUGGCUUUUGUGGAGAUGGGAACAGCAGGCCAAGCAGAGGAUAUAGUAAAAUAUUUCUUACACAACCCCUUGUGGAUCAGAGGAGAAAUGAUACAAAUUACUCUGUCUGCAGCAUUCAGUUUCCUACAGAGUUCUCUUGUUGUGAGUUUUUCACCAUUACCUGCUGGAGAUGGCAUAAGCUCUGAGUUGACAGCCAUUGCUAAGCGUUUCGGAUCAGUAAAAAAAUCGCUGUUUCUGCCAAGCCGGGGUUAUGUGGAGAUGGCCACUGUGGAAGAGGCCAGCAAAUUGGUGGAGCACUAUUCAACAAAUUCACUCAAAUUAAAGGGAAAAACCAUCAAUGUUUGCUUCUCAUCUGAGUACCAGACGCUUGGUGAUGUUGAUAAAGAAAAAUCACCAGUACCUUAUAGCAGCAGGAGAAGGAGAAGUACCAGCCCAAAAAGGAGAUCCCGAAGAGACUCUCCCAGCCCCAAACGAAGAGCCUCUGAAGAAAGGUCCAGGUCUCGCAGGAGUCACGACUCUAAGAAACGAGAAGAAAGUCGAAGCUCUCGGGAGAAAACCAAGGAGAGCUCUAGACGGGACAGCUCGUCUAAAUCCCAUUCCAAAAGAAGCUCUCCUUCAAAAGACCAAAAACAGAAAACUAAUACCGAUGAGAGUGUGGAGGAGAAGGUUGAAGAAGACAACGAUCAGUCUGAGGUCAUGGAGGAUGAUAGUGAUCUUGAAGGAGUGGCAGUUAUAGCAGAUGAUGGUGAAGAACUGAAUUCAGAAGAUGAGUUCACAGUAGAUGAAGACCAAGAUGAUGAGGAAUAUGAUAUCACAGAUGUUCUGACAGAAGAGGAUAUACCUGAAGACACCCAAACUAUGGAAGAGUCAAAUGAUCAGACUAAACCUUCAGACAUGGACACAUCGAACGUACAGUCAGAGACAUCAGAGUGUGUACCAACUGCUACAACUUCAGAUAGAUCAAGUGAUUGUAAGGAAACCCAGGAGCUUGAACAAGGAGAGCAGAAAGAGCUUGAACAAGGAGAGCAGAAAGAGCUUCAAAAAGAAGAUCAAAAGGAGCCUAAACAAGAAGAGCUCCAACAAGGAGAGCAAAAAGAGCCUCAACAAGGAGAGCAAAAAGAGCCUCAACAAGGAGCGCAGAAAGCGCGUCAAAAAGAAGAGCAAAAGGAGCCUCAACAAGAAGAGCAAAAGGAGCCUCAACAAGAAGAUCUCCAACAAGGAGAGCAAAAAGAGCUUCAAAAAGAAGAGCAAAAAGAACUUCAAAAAGGAGAGGAAGAAGAGCUUCAACAAGGAGACCAAAAUGAUGAAACUGUGGAAAUGGAAGAGAAGUCAACAGAUUUCCCUGAGAAUCUAGAAAACUUGUCCACCUCAGAUGAAUUUAAGGAAGAAAUGCUGACAGAACAAGGUGAUGAAAAAGAGAUCUCGGCUUCAAGCACUGAGGAAAAGUAUGGCAGAGUUCUUGAGGUGGCAGGUUUUCCAGUUGCUAAAAAAUUCAGUGAAAAAGAUUUGCUGAGAAUUGGGGAAAAAUACGGAGAAGUGGCAGACUGCUGUUUGGUUCGCGUCAAUCGAAAGGUGGAGAAGGCAUUAAUUGAGAUGGUGAAUGCUGCUGAUGCUGCCAAACUUGAAGCCGAGUCUAAAAGGCAGCGCAUUAGACUAGGUGGCAAAAUCUUGAGGAUAACCGUGUCAAACACGUACAGCCAAGUGAAUACAGGUGUUGACUCUGACUCUGAAAGAGCGGAAAGUCAGGAACAUGUUGAAGAGAAAAUGAAGGAGCCCUCAUGCUCAUUGCCAUCCAGUCAGGAGAGUACAGUACUGAUGACCGAGACUGAGACCUCUGAAGAAGCUGCUGAGUCUCAGAAGGAAACCAACACAGAUGUAAUCUUGCAAAUGUCUAGUGAUGAGGAGGAAGUGUAUGGCAGAGUUCUCCGGAUCAGAAAUCUUCCAAUGCCUGAUGAAUACACUGAUGCAGAUUUUCUGAGCAUCGCAGAACCGUAUGGGAAAGUAAAACGUCAUUGGAUGUUUCGCCUCCAUCGAACAGGACUGAUUGAAAUGGAAAAUGCCCGUGAUGCUGAGAAGGUUGUAUCUGCAGCCAAUAUGAAUAAAAUUACAGUCGCUGGAAAACAUCCCAAGGUUUCAGUGUCUACCAAACAUGCCCAUUUAAAUAAAAGGUACUUUCAACAUGGACCUAGUGAUGGUUCAAUACAAACAUCUGCUGAGUUGGAGAAGGAGUUGUGGAGUGAUAAUCCGGAUGUCGACUCCCAGGAAGAUGAGAAACCGGUUUCUGCCAUUGAUGACGGAAAUGAAAUGAAGGUGGAAAAUUCAGACAGUGUCUCAGAGGCACAAACACCCGUGAUGGAUCCAGUGGGCACAGAGUUUGUUCGACCUGUGGUGGGUUACUUCUGCAGCUUAUGUAAUGCCAUCUAUGCCAGCGAGGAAGAGGCCAAGGAUGAGCACUGCAGGACACCCUUGCAUCAUCAAAAGCUGAAGGAGCACAAGGAGCGAAACAGUUCAUCAUAAACCAUGACAAGAAUCAAGACAAUCCAGAAAUCCUUCAUAGACACUUAACGAUGAUAGUUAAUUCACAUAAUAUGCUUUAUAUGAUUGAGCAUUUCCAUACAAAUGCAAAUUAUUUUAAUUUCACCCUGUGUUUGUUGUUGUUCUUUUGUUUCAUUAUUGAUUUUAUCUGGUAUAAUCAACAGAAAAGUCAUGAUGUACUUUUUUGCAAUGUACUGUUCAAUUUAUAACUAAAACAAUGCAGUAGAAUUGAUUCUGCUCAAAUAAAGACAUGUCUAUGUGUGUCAAAUA